GUGUUCUCGACUCUGGAUGUCCAUUGUCGGGGUUUAUCUCGUACUCAUUCCCCCAACGACAAAAGCGUGGGCAUCUUACAUAUGGGGAUGAUGGGUGCAAUUUCCUCCACCUCUCAACCUCGCGACUCGCCGAAGACCCGAAACUGCAACCCGAUAAGCCAUGCCUCUCGACCCUUCAGUAGCCACCCUGGUUCGGGUUCGAAUCAGCAAACCCCCGACUGCGGCGAUGGAUUUCGAGGACAUCAUCGAGGAACUUGCCAAGGCAGCCAAGCCUCUCCUCGACGCUCCCGGUCACCGACAAAGCGCUUGGGGUUUGCUGCAGUCUGAUCAUGCCACCUUCAUGCUGUGUUCAUUCUGGGACGACCUCGCAGCCGUCAGCGGCUUCAGGACCUCGGCCGCAGCGGAGACAAUGGGACACAACCUUGCCAUCUUGGGAGAUGACCACCCUGACGCUCCUUCGGUGGCGCUCACCACGGUAGACUUCGGAGGCAGCCUUGAUUCGCAGGCAGUCUUGCGCCGCCACACUCAGAUCCGCCGCGUGUACUUCCCGUCUCCGGUCUCGGACGCGGCGCGCACGGCCGUUCGGCGUCUCCCGGGACUUGUGUACCGCUAUGGAGUGGGCAUCUCGGGCCAGGAUCGCCUUGGGAGGGAUACGCAGAGGGCGUACCACAGGGUGCCGGCGGUCGGGUGGUUCGUGGCGGAGGAGAUGCUGGGAGAACGUGCCGAGGAGGGGAGGGUUACAACGAAGCAAUGGGACGGGAAGGAAUGCGACGAGUUAGUGUGCGUUAUGUUUUGGAAGGAUGGGGAGCGUGAGCGGAAAUUCUUGGAGGAAGAGCGGCUCCCCGUUACCGUACCCGGGAGUGAGCCAGGCACCGCGGUUUGGGUUCGCGACAUGUCGUUGAUGGAGGAGUGGGAGGGGAAACUGGAAGAGGCUGGUGCGGUGGGCUGGGAGGAUGAAUAUGUGGAUUUCUGUGUGGUUUGACACGGGCCAGAUUUCUCUCCCUUACUUUUGUAUUCCAUUUUUCUGGUACUGGUUUAACAUGCAUGGACAUUUCCUACAUACACGAGGUAGGCAGGUAGUAAAGAGAGCCAAGGGCAGUACAACAGCAGUAAAUUGGCGAUCAAGGCAAAAGAUAUCGUCGUACAGAAUGAGCUUCAACCGUCACCGUCCACGGUUCUCAGUCCCACUUUAGAGCAGCCUGUCAACCACACCGUUUUCAUCGGG